GUUGCUAGGCGACGACGGCGGCGGCGAACGAGGCUGGCAUAGGGCGCGCCGCGUAAGGGUUACGCUGAGCCUCGCGCAGGGUUGAGGGCACAUCCAAGAUGGCGGCGGCAGCGGGGCCACUGCGGGGUCUGGUGCGCUGCUCACAGCUGGUGGCGGCCGGGCGCUUCGGCGGACUUCCGCGGCGGCGGUUCCACGGCUCUGCGGCUGCCGCUGCUCAGGUACGGGCGCUCGUGAGGGAGCGGGGACCGAGGCGACCUUCGGGGCAAGGUUAUAGCGGAGCAGUUGCUGCUGCAGCAAAGCAGGGGUCGCAUCCCUUUCUGUAGCCGGACAGAAUUAUUAUGAUAUAUUUGUUUAUACGUCGCCUUCCCGCCGCCCAACUCUCUGCUUUAGCGCUUGAUUUGGAAGGUCCUCUUUCUCCCGGGGGCGCCUUGGCAUCCCAGCCGUGAAGGGCAGAAAAAGGACACUCUGCACCUGCUCAGAGACACUGUUGCCCCUUUUACGACUGCACGUCCUCUUCUUCCCGCCCCGGUAAAUACUAUUGAAGUUACUGGCGAAAGCCUGAGCUCUGGCGUAUCCUCACAUCCUUCCUCUUUAUUGCAGUCAUUAUAAUUAUAACUUAAUAUUUAUACCCCGCCCCGCCCAUCUGGCUGGGUUUCCCCAGCCACUCUGAGCUGAAUAUUAACUGAAUAUUAAAAACAUGAUAAAGCAUCAAACAUUAAAAACUUUCCUAAACAGGGCUGUCUUCGGAUGUCUUUUAAAAUCAGAUUUAUUUCCUUGACAUCUGGUGGGAGGGUGUUCACAGGGCGGGCGCCACUACUGAGAAGGCCCUCUGCCUGGUUUAUUAUUGUUAUUGUAUUUAUUUAUAAUGACGGCUUAGCAUAAAAUUAGAAACAGUUUACAUUACAUGUGGCUCAGGUGUGGGGAUGAGGUUUUGAAGUAGAGAACUGAGUGAGCAUCUUUGGGGCAGGUUUUGAAAUAAUACAUGGGAAAAAGAAGAAAGAAAUGGUGGUGGGAAAGGGGUAUGUAUGUGCUUGUAUUCACAAAUCUCUUUUUCUAGGAAGCUCUGUUGCUGUUUCCAUAUUGUAUCCUUAUCUGUUUAUGAAUUUAAUGUGCACUCGUGUACAAAUUCAGUCUUCCCCGAUCUUGUAACCAUGUUGGUGUAGUGUGCAAAAACGUUAACAUGUCUCAAGGGGCAAAACAACCCAUCAGUUAGCCUUCAGCUUAAAUUUCCUGAAGCCGGUCAUGCAGCUGUCACACAGCGAGCACCCAGAUCCAUGCUCAGAUUAAUCGAUUGCUCAGAGUUCAUUGACGGGUGAGCGCUCUUGAGAGGAGUCACUGCCAGCGAAAGUAGACAAUACUGAGCAAGCACCAGCAGGCAGAAUAGGCCUGCUGGCAUCACUCUGGAGGCAAAGACCAGGCGAUCCCUCGGGGGCUGGACAGAGAGACAUUUCUGGACCAUCCAACCAACAUCCCAUAUGGUGCAACAGAGGUUUUCUUUACAAAUUUCAGUUAAGCAUUGCUACUGCUGACAUAGCCAUGGGCCAUGAAAUUUGUAAAGAAAACAAAGUUUUACAACAAUCUUCCUUGAUCUAUAAGGGAUGACUUUGAUUUGAUAUUUAAAUCGCUUACUGAUCUCUUUUUGCUGACAGCUUAGCCAAAGGAAAUCUACCUGGCUGUUUAGAAUUGUCCUUUAGAAUUGACUUAGUGUCAACAGGUAUCUCAUCUCCAGGAACUGCUGUCAGGAUCUAGCCUGGAGCUCACAAAUAUGCUGUGUCUCUUGGGAACAUCCUAGUCAGACAAAAGGGAGUUCCACAGAAAAUAUGAAUGUGACCCUAACCCUAACCUUUCCCACUCCUUUCGUGAGAUUGUAGGUUAGCCCGAGACAUUCAUUUACUUUCAGCCAUGGAAGUUUCCAACCAACUUUCCUCCUUGAUUAUGGUGCGAUUACUCUAAAGCAAUUUUUUUUAAAAAAUAAUUCAUAUCCUACCUUUCUUCCAAAAAGCUCAAGGUUCCUAAUAACAAAGAGAAAUGGUUUGUGGAUUGUGACCUAAAUAUGUCUUCUCAUUAAUAGGUGACUGUCCGUGAUGCUUUAAACCAGGCUUUGGAUGAGGAGUUAGAGAGGGAUGAGAAGGUUUUCCUGCUGGGGGAGGAAGUUGCCCAGUAUGAUGGGGCAUACAAGGUAAGAAGAUGAUGCAGUAAUUAGAAGGGCAGCAUAAUCUGUCCAUUUCUUAAAAUGUUAUAAAUAGCAAUACCACAACCCUCUUUUUUAAACCUACAGAUUAGCAGAGGACUUUGGAAGAAAUAUGGUGAUAAGAGGAUAAUAGAUACUCCUAUAUCAGAGGUAUGAACUCAUAACACAUUUUAAUUUUUUUCUAUUUUAGUAUUUAAUCCAAAAAAGUGCAAUAAGUCAUCUAGUUUUCAUGAAAUAUAUUUUCAGAUAGUUAUGAUUUAAAUUUUAGUUUUCGUCACACUUUGUUCUUCCUUCCCCCCCAGAUGGGCUUUACUGGAAUUGCUGUAGGAGCUGCCAUGGUAUGUACCUUCCAUAUGUGUAUUUAUAAAAGCAUCUGAAAUACAAAAUAGUGCCAUUAAUUCACUGUUUAAAAAGCAACUUGGGAAUGGCUGUUAACAUGGCUACUUUGUCUUCACAGGCUGGCUUGAGACCUGUUUGUGAAUUCAUGACCUUCAACUUCUCCAUGCAAGCUAUUGAUCAGAUUAUAAACUCAGCUGCCAAAACCUACUACAUGUCUUCAGGUUUGGUACCUGUCCCUAUUGUCUUCAGGGGCCCAAACGGAGCCUCGGCAGGUGUUGCAGCCCAGCAUUCCCAGUGUUUUGCGUCCUGGUAUGGGCACUGCCCUGGACUGAAAGUAGUCAGCCCCUGGAAUUCGGAGGAUGCAAAAGGUCUCCUUAAAGCUGCAAUCCGGGAUAACAAUCCAGGUAAAUGAAGCCAAGAUAUCUGUGCGGGUGUAAUUCUAAAGUGUUAGCUUAUUGGGUUAUUUACCUGCAUUAAACAUUUAAUGCAGGGCUUUGAGUGUCAGAAACAAAUCUAAUUUGUGGCGUCUGCAUCAUGUUGAGCGUCCGAUAUUUAGCUGGGGUAGUGUGCAGUCUUUCAUUCCCUUUCUAAGAGGAGAAGAAAACAGUUUGGGUAUCCUUUCAGAUACUAGAUUAAGGAAACAUUUUUGCUUUUUGGAUGAUUUCCUUUUGCAUUUGUUUUAAGACGCGGGUUGUUCUUAGCUAUAAAGUUGUGUGUUUUGCCUUGGAAACCAUUAUGGCUACAGUGUUGUGUACAAAGGUAGCAAAUGAACAAAAUAAUUCCUCCCUUUUAGAGGAAUUGUUCUUCAAUUAGUGUUCCUUCAAGUAAAGCUAGUGUUCAGCUUGAGCUGAAGUGUGAGCUGCAGAUGUUGCACUUGGAAAUAAAUCUUCAGCUCUCUCCUCCCCCUUCCAAAAAAAAUUAUAUUGUCAUGACCAGGAUCUAAAGAGUUGUGCAGCAAGUUCCAUGGUAACUCUAGAAGUACCUUUCAUAAACAGAAGUCUCCCAUGGAGCAUAUCAAACUACUUUAGAAACUGUGGGGAGUUAAACUUAGAUUGGGCUCAUGUGUGCUGCUGAUGUAAGCCUCAUCAGUUCUUUGGAUCUCAGCCAGUUUAUCAUUGUGCAGGCCAGAACAUACCAAAAUAGCGUACAUUCACUUAAAUGCUAUGUUUUCAGUUUGGUCAGAAUUACGAUUUCAUAGCAGUAGUGGAAGGAAGGGACUUUGUAUGGGUACAACACCCUUAGAGGCGAUUGUAGUAAUAAUAAUAAUAAUAAUAAUAAUAAUAAUAAUAUUUUUUAUUUAUACCCCGCCCUCCCCAGCCAAGGCCAGGCUCAGGGUGGCUAACAAGCAAUAAUAAAAACAAGUUGAAUGAAUACAACUUAAAGACAAAAUUAAAAAACAACAUUAAAAUAUUGAAACAUUAAAAUAUUAAAAUGUAGCUACAUUGCAGGAGGAGAAAGGAAAAGAAAAAAGAAAGGGGGUGGAAUCAAAUUGGCUCCAAGCCAAAGGCCAGGCGGAACAACUCUGUCUUACAGGCCCUGCGGAAAGAAAUCAGAUCCUGCAGGGCCCUGGUCUCAUGAGGCAGAGCGUUCCACCAGGCCGGAGCCAGUGUUGAAAAGGCCCUGGCUCUGGUUGAAGCUAAUCUAACUUCCUUAGGGCCCAGGAUCACUAGGGUGUUACUAUUUAUGGACCUUGAGGCUCUCCGUGGGGCAUACCAGGAGAGGUGGUCCCGUAGGUACGAGGGUCCUAGGCCGUGAAGGGCUUUAAAGGUCAAAACCAGCACCUUAAAUCUGACCCUGUACUCCACCGGGAGCCAGUGCAGCUGGAAAGCACUGGGUAAAUAUGCUCCCAUGGCAGAGACCCCGUGAGGAGCCUCGCUGCAGCAUUCUGCACCCGCUGGCGUUUUUGGGAAAGCGUAGCUGCUCCCUCAACGUUUUUGAAGCAUUCUACUUUAUCCCAAAGGGUUAAAAACAAAUAAAAAUGGAUGAGCUCAAAGUACUGAGAACUACAGAGUUUUAUAUCCUUUGCUCAUAUGGCCAGCUUCAAUUUGGAAGAAAGCUUUGAUUGGCUGGUUGUUUUUUUGAAAGCCCUAUUUGAACUAGAUGAGCUACUUCCUCCUCUGAAAGAAAAGUCAGAGCCCAGUUCUUUCUUUCUCUCCUAAAUUUGUGGCUGUUCAUGCUAUCAAUUCAUGCUUUUAUCAGCUGAUAUGGGUCAGAUGACUGCAUAAAGUUGGUACAGUAUUGGAGAGUGAGCUGGGUCAUUUCUCCAUGCACACAUCCUUAACUUCCACUUGAAUAUUUCAAAUUGGUGCCUGCUGCAUAAUGGAUGAUGUCAAAAUACUUGCAUAUCUCAGGCAUCCUCAGGACUUUGGAUCCUGUGUGCCUCGCCACAGGCCACAUUUCUGGCAUCAGCACAGCCUGCUUAAGCCAGGACAAGUUGACCCUUGGCAUGUUGUAACUGCUGGAUCAAGACCCAAUCCCUUCUCCAUAGUACCAAACUUGGAAUGUGGGGGCGUUCUCUUCUGACAUGUCCUAGGAGUCUUUGACCACAAAACUAAUUCUUGUGGCUCACCAGAGAUUUGGAGGAAUGCAUCCUAUAGUUCACAUGUACCUGUUUUUUUAAAUUGCCUUUCUAGUUGUAAUGUUGGAAAACGAGUUGAUGUACGGUGUGCCCUUUGAAUUGUCGGAGGAAGUCCUAUCAAAAGACUUUGUUGUUCCUAUCGGGAAGGCGAAGGUAGAAAAGCAAGGUAAGCAAAACUAGCUGUUUUUACUGAACAAGGCAAGACCCUUGUUCUUUUACUGUGUCUAUCAGAGAAACACUGUGCUUUCUUCUUAAAAUGCAUUUAUUUUGCUUGCAGCACAACCCUUUUAUGUGCAAAGCUACCCAGUGUUCUUUCAUCCCAGAUGCAUAUCCAUUAAUUCCCCAUAUAUAUAUGUAUAUACACACAUGAAUGAAAUUACCAGUUCUUCUCUGUGAAAGUGUGUGUUUCUCUAUACAUUGGGAUUCAGUGAGAAUGCCUUAUUUUCUUACUACCCAAAAGACCAUCCAGAAGUUGAGUUGGCUUUAGAAGAGAUUAUGCCUUUUUUUGAGGGGACGGUGGUGAAGCUCUGUAGGAUGAUCAGUCACUUCAUGUUGUAAGCCCAACCCUCUUUGCCCAGCAGCUUUCUCUGGAUUUGUGAGGCAUAUGCAAAUUCCAUGGUCUGGAGAUUUGUUUGCCACAGGUGGCCUGUCAGUGUCUGAAUUCCUUCUGUCUUUCAUUGCCUUUCUCCCCGCUCCUUUUAUUUUAGAAGAUUCAAAAAUCACAGAAUGGCAAAUUAUUUCUUUUGCCUAGUAAACUAGCUUUUUUGAAUUCUACUUUUCCUUGCUCUCAAUAAGAACAUGAGUGCUUGGAUAUCUCAAGUAUAACAGUAAUAAAGAGCACUGUGUUCUGACCUUACUUGGCACUAAUAUGAAUGAGGGUGUUUUCAGUGGAGACUCCACUAUUGUGGAACACAAUUCUAUGGGGCAUCAGGCGGGGUAUCUGUCCUUGUAGGACACAACUCUUUACUGCAGCCUUUACUAAUUCAUGGGAUAAGUUGCAUAAUUACUGUUUUGACCUGGUUUGGAUAAUUUUUUAUAUCUUGCUGGAAUAAGGUUUUUAACGUGCAUUAUUGCAUGCUGAUAAAUGGCUGUAAUCAUUUACCAUUCUAUAAAGGAUCAUAAGCUGUUUAAGAGGUUAAAAGAAGUUGACCGGGUGGUGACUGCUAGAUAAUCUUCUGUUCUUAAGAAUAUGUCUGCAUGCUAAAGUUAACGAUGUUGUAAUUCUCAAUCCUCACCAGCCUGUGUGUUUCAGGAACCCACAUUACCAUAGUGUCUCAUUCACGACCCGUCGGCCACUGUCUGGAAGCAGCUGCUGUCCUUGCUAAAGAUGGGGUGGACUGUGAGGUAUGUGUGUUUGUGUUGUCGUUCCAUGAGAAUCCACAUUGAAGAAACCCUCUUAAGCUUCUACUCCACAGCUAACAAAGUUGUGGCAUCGCAGUGUUCUGUAAGCUACUUAAUACAGAUAGGGUCCACUGUUUUCUUGGCAGUUCUGUUCAGAGAGCUGGGGCAAGUUAACUACAGGCAGCAGAAGAGAGCAAUUCCUUGAAUUUCAAUUCAUCUUGCAUGAGUUGGAGAAGGGUUGUGUCAAAUCCAAACCUUGCACUGAGAAGCUGAACUAUCUGAUAUGUAUAAAUUAUACCAAUUCACUAUAUGAAGCUGCCUUAUCCCAAGUCAGUUGUCUGCUAUGACCUCCACCAGCUAUCUAAGAACUCAGGUCUAUUCUUGGCCCUGCAGACCAAAAUCUAGAUCAAGGGAAGUAAUAGUGCCACUGUAUUCUGCUCUGGUCAGACCUCACCUGGAGUACUGUGUCCAGUUCUGGGCACCACAGUUCAAGAAGGACACUGACAAACUGGAACGUGUCCAGAGGAGGGCAACCAAAAUGGUCAAAGGCCUGGAAACGAUGCCUUAUGAGGAACGGCUAAGGGAGCUGGGCAUGUUUAGCCUGGAGAAGAGGAGGUUAAGGGGUGAUAUGAUAGCCAUGUUCAAAUAUAUAAAAGGAUGUCACAUAGAGGAGGGAGAAAGGUUGUUUUCUGCUGCUCCAGAGAAGCGGACACGGAGCAAUGGAUCCAAACUACAAGAAAGAAGAUUCCACCUAAACAUUAGGAAGAACUUCCUGACAGUAAGAGCUGUUUGACAGUGGAAUUUGCUGCCAAGGAGUGUGGUGGAGUCUCCUUCUUUGGAGGUCUUUAAGCAGAGGCUUGACAACCAUAUGUCAGGAGUGCUCUGAUGGUGUUUCCUGCUUGGCAGGGGGUUGGACUCGAUGGCCCUUGUGGUCUCUUCCAACUCUAUGAUUCUAUCUUUUUUUCCCUUCCUAACAAGAGGUCACAGGGGCUUGAAGCUGGCACAGUGCCACUGAGCUAAAACUUUCAAUUUGGGGCACAGUUUUAAUCAGGUAAUACAUCUUUUUAAAAGUUAUUUUUCCACAUACGUCCUUAUUAAAAACUGCAGAUCACAGGUGCUGUUUUAAGGGGGAUGAGGGUCCCCUAUGUGCAAAUAUUUACAGACUUAAUCAACCAGUUGACUUACAUGGUGUCCAAGAUUUGAGAAUACCAGUUGAUAGGAAUGGCAAAUAGGAAGAAGACUGUUGCAUUCAUGUCCCAAUUGGCUACUGUGAGAACAGGGUGCUGGACUAGACGGGGCUUUGGCUUGAUCCAUCAGGGCUUUUGUUAUUAGACAGGUGAUGGCUCAGUUUUUAUGCUUGUUUAUUUUUCAUAACUUGUUUUCUGCUCAGACGAGGCUGAAGUUAAUCAGAAAUGAUCUCAAGCCUGCUCUAAUCUCUCUCCAGGUGAUAAACCUCCGCACCAUUAGGCCAAUGGAUAUCGAAGCUAUUGAAUCCAGUGUCAUGAAGACAAAUAAUCUUGUAACAGUGGAAGGUGGCUGGCCCCAGUUUGGGGUAGGAGCUGAAAUUUGUGCCAGGAUUAUGGAAGGUAUUUGGGAUUAUCUCGUGUCUGACCUUAAGAUACGUUGCUAUUGUCUUGAGAAGCUAGAAAUUAGAUCAGACGUGGGGAACCUCUAGUCUUCCAUGUGGGGCUGGACUGCAUCACCCAUUAUCCGUGACCACUCUUCAUGCUGACGGAGGCUGGUGGCAAGUUUGAGGGCCACAGGCUCCCUGUCCCAAGUUUAGGUCCUUGAAUUGAAUUUGCUCAGAUUUUUUGCCCAAAGUACAAUUAUUUAAUCUGCUGCAAUGCAGGACCAUCCCAUUUGUAGUAGCAGCCGUCUCUCCCACUUAAAAGGAAAAUGUAUUCUUAGAGCAGCGGGUCAUCCAAGAGCCCACGGCUUUAUAAAACCCUACUGUACAAACCCAAUGGAGUUUAUUGCAUUAUAGAUUGCAGGUAGGCUAUUCCACAAACCGCAUGGAAUAAGCAUCUUCUGUUCUUCUCCCUACAACGUUCCCUACAGCUACACUGGAGAACCAGUGUGGUGUAGUGGUUAAGAGCAAUAGACUCGUAAUCUGGGGAACCGGGUUCGCGUCUCCGCUCCUCCACAUGCAGCUGCUGGGUGACCUUGGGCCAGUCACACUUCUUUGAAGUCUCUCAGCCCCACUCACCUCACAGAGUGUUUGUUGUGGGGGAGGAAGGGAAAGGAGAAUGUUAGCCGCUUUGAGACUCCUUAAAGGGAGUGAAAGGCGGGAUAUCAAAUCCAAACUCCUCUUCUUUCAAUGUGCCACCUUGCACUGCUUGGAGGAAAAACGGGCUAUAAAUGAAACAAACCUACAUGAUCUUUGAGCUUGCUGCUCCCUUUACUUGCUUGCUGAAAAGCAAGAAUAGGUACUUUUUCUUAGGCAGGGACUAGAGUAGGUAUUUUGGGGUUCACUGUCUCCUCAUAGCCCUUUUUCUAAGCUAGAGGCAGUGAUCGGUGUGGGCUGUAACCUGUCUCACCCCAGCCACUGACUAUGCUGCCCGCCCACAUCAUCUUAGUUUGUACUGACUGAGAUUUCUUCAGCUUUUGAGAAAUGAACUUUUCUGCUUUCAGGUCCUGCUUUCAACCACCUUGACGCACCCGUUGUGCGUGUCACCGGGGCUGACGUUCCCAUGCCUUAUGCAAAGAUCUUGGAGGAGAACUGCAUACCUCAAGUAAAAGACAUAAUUCUUGCAGUGAAGAAAACGCUAAAUAUCUAGUUCUGUGUAUAUGCUGUAUGUGGAUGUUGUUCUUCUGGAGUAAAAAAAAAAAAAAGUUUGUGGAAUGUAUAUUGCAAGCGAUUGUAUACAUAGCUGGCCUUGUAUAGGAUAUAGGCCUUUGGCAGGGGAAGAGCAAUAACUAGGUUGUCUGUUGCAAGGCAUGUACUCCCUCCCCAAGGGAGAUGCAGAUGGCCUAAAAUUGUAAUAAUUGUAAUUCUCUAAAGAACUCUCGUUGCAAGAUGAAGUGUUCUGUUUAUCAUUGUACACGGUGAUCAGGCUUGCUCUGAUUAGGAGCUCUAAUAUCUGAGGAACAGUCUCUUGCUGCUCCUGCUCGUUUUGUAACUUACAAGGCUUGGAAAUAAAAGUACAUUAACAAAAAAGGGAGAGGAAAGUAUCUUUCUGAUGUGAAAUAGUCCAAAAUGGAAGCAGCCUGUGAGGAAACAUUUGAUACAGGCUGAAUUGUCUUCUUUCAGAAAUUAGUGCAUAUUAAUGUAAGGCUGAAGGUGCUGCAAAGUAUCUUUGCCAAAACCACAUAGAUAAAUGGAUUUUUAAAGCUUCAAGACAUUCACAUUUUUCACCACAGACGUGGUAAUUAACAUUAAAGUGUGUUCCCCUCCCAGCAUUAUUGAAAUUCCAUUAACAUUUAUUUUAAUAAAAAUAUGACUGAAUAAUAUAAUAGGUUACAUGAAAUCUUAUACACAAUGACACUCUGCAUAGUAACAAACACUGGUGUAUACUCGACUUUAAAAAUCUAGCGAUAAUCCUUUAAAGUGCAAUUUAAGAGUUUGAGCAAAUCAAGAAGGGCAUCUUUUCACUAACAUUAAAUUAUGGAGCUCUUUUGUUAACACCCACUUCAACAACACAUCUCACAUUGCUGUAAAUUUUGGUUUGAUGGAAACGCCCUGCAACUCCCAAUUUAAGCGUAACACAAGCUCAUUACAAAACUUACUUGCUUGAAUUACUCCUCUUUUAAGCAGAGCCAUCUUAGGUUAACAGGCCUUUCAAUAGUAUUAAGAGUAAUGCUCAGGACUUUACAGAGCAGAGAAGAAAGGGAGACCAAGCCUAAAAUCUCUCACCAGUGUUAACUUUCAGACUGAGUGAACGUUUAGCAUAAUUAAAGCUAAUUCAAUGCAUCAAAUCUUGAUGUACCGGGUUUUAAACUUUCAGAAGCAGGUCUCAGAAAAUGAACUGCUGUUGUCGAGCUAUUUUUAUUCUAUUAGAAGGAAUACAACAUAGCCAAAAACAAGAUUCCCCCCCCCAAAAAAGAAGGAGGGUUCCUUUAAACCAGAAUCGACACUUCACCCUCCGAAACGGCAAAGCAAUUUGACACGGUACUGCUACUCAGUUAAGAGAUUGUGCUAAGGGGGGGGGGGGAGGGAGCAGGGAGGAGCUUGAAAUGGCUCUAAACAAGCAGCUGUAAAACAAGACGCCACCAGGCAGUGGCUAUAUCAAAUAGUUAUUUAAGAUUUGUUCCUAGAACACAAGGAAUACCCCAAAGCUGGGUCAGUAUGAACAGUUUCAGCUGAUUCUAGGAGCACUGUAGUCACAGGUUUCUGUUUUCUUCAGACCUCCCUUCUGGAAAUUCUGAAUUGAGCUGAGUAAGGCGCCCCGGCUUGUGCUGUUUACAGGCCGCAGAUCAGGCUGCAUUGCCACAUCCAAAUUAGGAGGAGGAGGGGGAGCUGCUGGCGGCGGCGGCGGCGAAGGAAUUGUCGAGGCGACUGCUGCUGGGAAGAUAUUAGACGUAACACACAGUCAGAAACCGAAACCCAUGAAUGCAAGAUACUGCUGGAUAAAAUAACACAUCUGCGAAAACUGCCCAAUGUACAAAAGAAAAGAGUACGGUAGGAAAGCAUGC